CAUAUACUUUCUCAUACACACAGCAAGCGAAUUAAAACAAAUCAUACAAAUUUUUUUUUGGUGUCACAAAUUGACAAUUCGCUAUCAACACGACAACAACAACAAGUGUGCGCCUUAACUUGAACCCACCUCUGGCCAAGCAAAAAUACAAAACAUAAACAAAACAAGCAACAAGCUAAGAAAAACGCAAACGCAAAACAUAAAAUUCGACAACCCGCAGCAAAAGCGAAAAGAAAAGUGAAAAUAUGGUGAGAGUUUUCAGCUUGAGCGUUUUCUUCAAAGGUGCGACCGAAGCACGCCUGUUGAAGACCACCUCGGAUCUGCAGUCCUUUCCCUUUUUCCAACGUGGCACUGUCAACGAGUUUAUGACUUUCGCUUCAAGGACAAUUGUGGAACGCACGCAGCCGGCGCUGAGGCAAUCAGUGAAACAGGAUGCUUACAUGUGCCACGUUUAUGUGCGGGCCGAUAAUUUGGCCGGUGUCCUGAUCGCCGAUCAUGAAUAUCCUCAGCGUGUUGCGCACACCUUGAUCACCAAGAUCCUUGAUGAUUUCACAGCGAAAGUGCCGGCAGGAUUGUGGCCAAAUGGUUCGGAGGCACAAAUUCCGUUCGAUGCAUUGCCAGCGUUUUUGACACGCUAUCAGGAUCCCAAGGAAGCGGAUCCGCUACUGAAAAUGCAAACGGAUUUGGAUGAGACGAAAAUCAUCCUGAAGAAUACAAUUGAAGCGGUGCUAAAACGUGGCGAGAAUUUGGAGGAUAUGGUCUAUAAAUCGGAACAAUUGUCCAUGCAGAGCAAGGCGUUCUAUAAGACAGCGAAAAAGACGAAUUCAUGUUGCAGCUUCUCUUAAGUUAACACAUUUAGUAGAACAAGAAGAUGAUGAUGAUGAUGAAGAAGAAGUAGAUGAAGAACAGUAAAACACCAUAAACAACACCAACUUAUAAAACAAAGAAAAAGAAAAAGAGGAAGCUUUUUAUAACAAUUAAUGAAUUAAUUUUAUAUAUUUACUAUAUAUAUAUAUACAUACUAUACGAUUUGUAUAUGGAUGUAUGUAUCUGUAAAUGUGUGUGUGUGCGUGUGCUACCCAUACAUAGGCAAAUCACGUUCCCGUUACCCGUUUCAACUAACUGGCAGUAGCAGCAGCAGCAGCAGCGAUAUAGUGUUAAUGUUAUUAUUAUUAUUAUUAUUACACACACAUGUAAUUUAUACCAAUACCAAUUAUAAUAAUAUACUAUACUGUAUAAGUGUGUGUGUGUGCGUGCUCCACGCCAUGUCUCUA